CGUCUAGAUCGAGACUAAAAAGACGGACAAUCUCCGUGACUGAAAUGCAAGGGUUUAUGCUGCCAAAACCCCCAACCCGAAGCAGCAAUUUAUUCAAGAAAACAAAAGCUGAUCAGAAGCUCAAGUCAAUAAGAAAAUCCUGAAUAUGGCAUUCAGGCAAUUCUUAUCCUCAAACAAAGGAUCAAUCUCAUCAGCUUCCUAUUACAUUUCUGGGUUGGCUCAUUUUUCCUCAAAAUCCUACCCUUACAUAGUGAAGGUAGGAAUACCAGAGUUUCUGAACGGAGUGGGGAAAGGGGUAGAAGCCCAUGUUCAAAAACUUGAAGCCGAGAUUGGUGAUUUACAGAAACUGCUUGUCACCCGCAGAUGGAAGCUGAAGAAUCUUGAUAUCCCUGUCAAACAUAGUUGUAACACACACACUCCCAAAACAAGGGGGAGAGAAGAUACUAGCACUUGUUGUAACAGCCUGUUGGUCACUAUGCUGUGGCCUAUGAAGUUAAUGUUCAGAGAGGAAGCUGAUAUUCAACUAUGCCCACAAGUAUAGGCUGGGACUUUGGAGACCUAGAGCUCAGCCAGCAAAGUCUAAGUGACUUCUGGAAUAGCUGUUCUUUUAUGCAACUUGCUUAAUUUCUUGUAGAACACACAAAAAUCUGUAUUUUGUGUUUUGGAAUCCUGUCGAAGUCUCUAGGCAGCAGUUAGGCGUUUGUGAUGCUUGAUUUCUGAUUGCAUUCCCUAUUGAAUAGCUGGCUAGCUGCUAAGCAGUAACUUGUGUUCUUUAUUUAUAAACCUAAAGCAUCACUGUACAAAAUCGGCUUGCCAAUAGGCUUUUUAUUGCCUUUAUUGUUGCUACUA